ACUGGGGGCGCAGGUGUGAGGCGGUGAGAGGUAUUGCCAGUGGAGACGAUAUCAAUGGCUGUUGAAGUCUUUAACUGUGAAAGCCCUGAUGGAGAUACUUCGGUUCGGAUCGGGAGAUAGGGUCAUUUAUUUUUCUGUCAGUAGGAUAUAAUGUGAUUAGGGGCCGCUCUCUUUUCUGGGGCUGCGGAUUGACAUGCUAUCUGUGGACGGCGCGCUGCGGUGUGGCGAGGCUCCAACCUGUCAGAAGGGAGGGUCGGUGUUGGGCUCGGCAUCGAAUUAUUGUUCUUUGGCCAUAAAUAAACACUCAGAAACCAAGGGCAGCGACAAAAGCCAUGGAUGAAGAGUAUGAUGUGAUUGUCCUGGGGACUGGACUAAAGGAAUGUAUCUUGUCUGGAAUCAUGUCAGUGAAUGGGAAAAAGGUGCUCCAUAUGGACCAAAACUCUUACUAUGGAGGAGAAAGUGCUUCAAUAACACCUUUGGAGGAACUCUACAAAAGGUUCAAAGUCGCUGGUGGUCCUCCAGAAUCCAUGGGAAGAAGCAGAGACUGGAAUGUUGAUCUGAUUCCCAAAUUCCUCAUGGCAAAUGGACAACUUGUUAAGAUGCUGCUUUACACAGAAGUCACCCGUUACUUAGACUUUAAGGUGGUAGAAGGAAGUUUUGUAUACAAACUGGGGAAAAUCCACAAAGUCCCUUCUACUGAGACCGAAGCUUUAGCUACUGAUCUCAUGGGGAUGUUUGAAAAACGACGUUUCCGAAAACUCUUGUUAUUUAUUGUUGGCUUUGACGAGAAUGACCCUAAAACUUACCAAGGCAUAGAGCCCAAAAAGACCACAAUGCGAGAAGUCUACAAGAAGUUUGACCUGGGGCAAGAUGUCAUUGACUUCACUGGACAUGCACUGGCUCUUUACAGAACAGAUGAUUACUUGGAUCAACCAUGCCUGGAUACGAUCAAUCGAAUUAAGUUGUAUAGCGAAUCAUUGGCUCGAUAUAGCAAGAGUCCUUACCUCUAUCCACUCUAUGGACUUGGAGAGUUGCCUCAAGGCUUUGCUAGACUGAGUGCCAUCUAUGGGGGUACUUAUAUGCUCAACAAACCAGUGGAUGAAAUUGUGUUUGAAAAGGGCCAUGUUGUUGGUGUUAAGUCUGAAGGGGAGGUUGCUCGUUGCAAGCAGCUGAUUUGUGAUCCAAGCUACGCACCCAAACUGGUGAAGAAGGUCGGGAAGGUUAUCAGGGUCAUUUGCAUCCUUAGCCAUCCAAUCAAAAACACUAAUGAUUGUCAUUCCUGUCAGAUUAUCAUCCCACAGAUGCAGGUCAACAGGAAGUCAGAUAUCUAUGUUUGCCUCGUAUCAUACACACACAACGUGGCAGCUGAAGGAAAGUACAUCGCCAUCGUUAGCACCACAGUGGAGACCAACAAUCCUGAAAAGGAAGUUCAGCCAGCAUUAGAGCUUUUGGAACCCAUUGACAAAUCGUUUGUUUCGAUCAGUGACUUGUACCAGCCAACAGAUGAUGGAAAAGAAAGUCAGAUUUUCAUCUCUAAUUCUUACGAUGCAACUACCCACUUUGAGACGACCUGUGAUGACAUAAAGAGCAUUUACAAACGGAUGACAGGCAGUGACUUCGACUUUGAGAACAUGAAGCGCAAACAGAACGACGUGUUUGGAGAUGAUGCGUAGUAUAUGUUCUCCACACUGCACUCCCUUCAACAGCACUUUCACAUGAGAAUUACUGACAAAAUUGUUAGUGGGUUAGAUUGUUAUUUACAGAAAUACGUGCAGUUGUCCAAAGAAACUCCUGGCUCUUCGAUCUGGUUUUCAUAUCUUCUGCUUUUCUUCAGAUUGGGGGAAGGGGCAGGGAAGAUGAAUCAAGAUUCUAUGUUCAGACUGAUCAGUGGGACCCUGUUGAGAUUAUUCGUGGGUAUCAUACAUUAGUAUCGCUUUUACGGUGAAAUCAGUCUUGAGGCCCAGCUAUCUGAAGCUUAGGUCUCCCUUUCACUAAAUGCCUAAAUUUUGUAUGGGAGUAAAUUCCACAUCUUCUGCUGAGUGCUGAAUACCAUUGCUGUGAAUUUUCCCUUCUCUGGCUCUGCCACCGUGCAUAGUAGAUUGACAGACUAAGCAUCCUUUUACACAACACUACAAGUGCAUGGUUAAAUCUACUGAUAAAAUCCAGUUAAGCCUUUGCUAUUUCGUAAAUAUUUCUAAUCAAUGGGGGGGGGGGGGAUGAUCAGUAUCUGUCUCAAAUACUCCCAAUGACUUGACCUCCACAAAUUAAGAACCUAUUAACCUCCUCUUUAAACAUAUCCAGUGACUCCCACUGAGUCACCAUCCUCUGCUGAAGAAAUUUCUCAUCCCAGCUCUAAAGAGAUGUCUGUUAUUUUGAGUCUGUGCCAUCAAAUCCUAGACUCUGUUAAUAAUGGAAACUUCCCUUCUAUGCAGACCUUUCUGCUUUCAGUAAAUCUUAAUGGGAUUUUCUCCCCCACCCCCCAUCCUUUUGAAUUUCCAUCAAGUACAGGCUCAGAGACAUCACAUGCUCCUCAUUCAUUAAGCCUUUCAUUCCCAGGAUCAUUCUUGUGAAUCUUCAUAUCUAUCCUAUCAAGGUUAAAUGGGACCAGUUUGAUGAGCACUUUGACUAUCAUGGACAUGUUGGGCUGAAGGGCUUGUUUCCAUCCUCUGUGAUUAAUGUAGAAUGCAUUUAAAUGGGUCAGCAUAGACUCACUUGCAUGCUGAAUCAUUCUGUGAUUUUUAUUUAUUGAAAAACAUUUAUGAAAACUCAAACUUAAUGCCUUUGGAGAUUUAUAGCAAUCCCUUUCCAUCAGGGCUAAUUAAAGGAUGCAGAGCGAUAUUAACAGAGGAAGAUUUUUAUUGAGCACAUUGUGAAACACUGGGGUUGUUUUUCUUCGAUGGUUUGGUAGAAGCUAGCACUUGCCCUUUUACUGAAGGGACCACUCUUUCCGUCUUUAAAGCCCCCCCCCUCCACCAACUAUUCCCAUGGCCUUUCCCUGAGCUCAGGUGAGUCAGAGAGAAGCAAGUUGCAGUGACCUGAGCAAAGACCUCGAAACAAAGGACCAAAAAACCAAGGUUUUUCAUUCUCAAAGUGUCAUUAUAAUGUUACACAAGUUACUGCAACAUAACAGACCAGGACUGACUGGUGCAACAAACAAUGUUGAACAUUAAUCCUUUGAGAUCUUUUUUCCAUGGAUUGACAAAUAUUUAUAUUGGUUGGUCUGUCAUCAAUAGUUUGCAUAAGCCCCUAGAUGACGUCCUGUUUGAAGAAGAGGCAAAAAGACACUUAAUUCUUUUCAUUUUCUUUCACUGUUCUUAAUACCAAAUUGGCUGAAACACUGGUUGAAAACUAGAAAUGUGGAAAGAAACAGAGGUAGGAAGGAAAGUCCAGAAUCCUGAGAGUUGUUGUGGGUUCCAGAAACUAGAUCCCAAAGAAGUUUAUAAAUUGCCUAAUUUUUAAAAAUGUAAUGGCAGAAACAUUUUCUCAUGUGAAAGAGCAAGUAGACUGUUUUAAUUAAAAAGGUUUAAAAUAACUUGUUUAUGAUGUGACAUAACUGGAUUUGACUCGAUGUGUAUGGGUAUAGCUCCUUAGUAUCUCAUGCUUUAUAGAGAGUUUCUGCCCUGUAGCUGAGAGCUUGCAUUUUACCUGUGGUGAAUACUCGUAUUUCCAUGCACAUUACCCUACAUCUCCUAUAGAGUAAAACUGGAAAUGGCAG